AUCUACGUUAUAUUAGAUCUAUGUGUUAGCCUUGAUUCAUAAUAGGACCCAGUUCCAGUUGAUCAUCUGGUUCAUGUUCAAUGGAGCUUAGCUUACAGAAGACAAUGUAUUUAGUUUAGUCGUAUUUAACUGUAAAAAUGAAAAUAUUCCAGAACUAUAUUAUUCGUAUUGUCGUGGUAUUUCGCGAUAUUUGAAUGAGGUGGAAUGAAGUGAUGAAAAUUCUAGUCAUAAUCCUGGCCAUGGAAUAUAAGUUGAAAGAUGAAUGCACGAUCACAGACAUUUGAAUUGUCAGUCGAAGGCCGGCAGGUUGAUGAAGCCGUAGCAAGCAUCUUCCACACAGUUCUGUUUCACCGCUCUCUAGGAAAGUUCUGUUACAAACAAGAGGGCAGCUACUCAGUCGGCACAGUUGGUUAUGCCGAUGUUGACUGCGACUUUAUUGACUUCACCUAUGUUUGCUGCUCGUCACAUAACCUCGACAGACACUUAAAGCGUGAGAUAUCGGGCUUCUCGGAAGCUCUGAGGGGCAACGAUGGCCCCACCUGCGGUCAAAUAUCGUUGGAAUUCUUUCAAAAACGUAGAACAAGAUGGCCAUUUGCUCCAGAAUGUAUCCCCUGGGAGGUGUGGAAUGUGAGGCUCGAGCUAAUCAAACUACAUAAUGAGUCAGAGCGACAAGUAUGCAGGGAAAAAGUUGGUGAUAUAUUGACGGAGAAGAUUCUGUACGUUGCAGAAAUAAUGAAUAGGCAUGAUUAUGUUCCAAAAAUGCCUAAUCAAUCUGAGCUGGAUCUCAUUUUUGAUACGAGUUAUCCAGAUAUUCAGCCAUAUCUGUUCAAACUGUCUUUUUCUACGUCCGAUCUGCCAGGGACCUCGUUAGGCAGCACAAUGAAGAAAUUGAUCAAGGAAACUCUUUCUCUCUGACCUUUUGCCGUGUAAAUACUCUUUGGCAUGCUCUUCGUGGAUCUUAUGUGUAAUAGUUUCAAAAAUAUUUUACAGCCAUUAGAAUACUAUCGCAUAGUGAGAUUAUUUGGUGUAUAUUUGCUUAAUAAUGGCUUAUUAUUCUAAUAUUUGAGAAGUACAAUUUUAUCAAUUUGCUUGUUUGAUACAAUUUGAAUACAUUCAAAUGACCAUGAAUAACUGUGGAUAUUAUUGUCAUGAAUGUGAGAACGAUUAGUAAGACAGAUAUAAUAGUCGAUAUUUUAGUCAAUAGUGGAAGCGAUAGUUGUUUUAUUUUUUAAUGUAAAUAACAAAUUCUUUUACAUGAAUAUUUAUGUAUCUUUAGACUUACUGAAGUGUAUAAGAACCGAUGGGGAGUAAUUAGUUACCCAUACUGCUCACUGUUUGUUGUACAUUUCCGAUAAUGCACAUUCUAUAUUAUUCUGAUGUUAUUAUAUGAUAAUAUCAUAUUAUUAUUAUAUCAUAAUAUUAUUAUUCUGAGUCAGGUAUUGAAAAGUAAAUCUCGAAUUGACUUUCAUGGAAUCAAAGUUUAUUGUGUAGAUGUUGUUUUAUUUUUUAAAUAUCACUGUUGUAUUCUAUUUUAAAUCAAUUUUAACUUUCAUUUUUAAUCAAGAGGCUUGCGAAUAUUUUAAAUUGGAAACCACUAAAGUUAUUUUCUUUUUCAUAGUUUUUAUGAAUAAAUUUUGUUCUAUGCAUAUUAUUAUAUUUAUAUUGAAUACAAGUUUCAACUUGCAUUUCUAAGUGGAGAAAAUGUGAUUCUAAUUUUUUAUGAUUUUAAGAAGAAUUUCUAUUGUUUUAUCAAAUACAAAUAUUUUCUAAUAAACGGUUGUUUCGAUACCA